AUGUAUGAACUUGAUUUUCUACCGUUUCGAAGGCCAUUUAAUCAAUCAAAUAUACAUAACUACAAUACACUUGGUGAUGAUCUGAGGAAAUUCUGCAAGCAGCAAAUUGAUGAACACCGUGAAGUAUUCGACCCAGACAACAUAGGUGAUUUCAUCGAUGCAUGCUUAGCUGAGACAAUGAAACAAGACGGCAAUAAAGAUCUUACAGACGACCAGUUAAAACACACAUUAGCUGAUCUUUUUGCUGCUGGAACUGAAACAACAGCGACAACACUUAAAUGGGGGUUACUAUUAAUGGUUCUUCAUCCAGAAAUACAGGACAGAGUGUUUAAUGAAAUUGAUCAGGCUGUUGGUGCAAACCGUCUCCCGAGACUUGACGAUCGUAAAAACUUGUCUUAUACUGAAGCCACGCUUUUGGAAAUACAGCGAUUUGGUAGUAUUGCACCAUUAUCACUACCUCAUUGUGCGUUGAAAGACACUUCACUUGGUGGAUAUACUAUUCCCAAGGGGACGGAACUAAUUAUUUUACUAUG